ACGAUAGUAAUAAUGACGAAACACCAAAGAUAAAACAAAAAAAUGGAUUUAAACCAUGUAUUGGACAAGGAAGCAAUCAACCGUUUCGAACAAUACACAUUGGCAAAACCCUCAUUGAACGGGAGCGUCCCUUUGGACAAGUGCCAAGAUGUGGACUCAGUGGCAUCUAAUAGCAGAAAGAAAACACAAACUUCCCGGCAGAAAGUAGUUUGUUGCUUUUGUUUUAAAACAACCAAGUAUAGACGAAAACAAUUUAUUGUCGGAUCCCUAACGAAUAGUGUUGUAUUUUCUGUAUUAUUGGCGUACACAUUUCUCGGUUCGUUUAUAUUCUUAGCGAUAGAGGGCGGGGUUGAAAUACCAUCGCGACCAAGGCUUUUACCAGACAAACAAAAGAUCACACAUAGAGUACACAGCAACGAUAGUAAGAAAGAUGUUGAUGAAUACAACGAUUAUGGAAAUCUGAGCAUGUCGGCUAACUUUUGGGAUGCGAGAAGCAGAGCGGUGGAAAAUAUUUGGGAAAUAACUGUAUCUUUAAAUAUUCUGUACAGAGAAAAUUGGACGCGUUUGGCCGCAGCGGAGAUUUUAAAAUUUCAAAACGAGUUGAUGCAAAGGGUCACAGCUGAAAUGGCGUCGCAGUAUGGAGUGAGCUAUAAAGAAAUGGCUUUGGGCGAAUUUGGCGAGAGUGAAUUCAACAAUCAUUAUGAAGAGCAUGACUGGAACUUGGCACUGGCUUUUUUCUACUCAUUGACUGUUUUAACAACUAUUGGAUACGGUAAUAUUGCGCCGAGAACUAUGCUGGGGAAAGGAAUCACUAUUUUAUACGCGCUAAUUGGAAUUCCUCUGACACUUGUAUACCUUUCGAGUGUCGGCUCUUUACUCUCUAAAAUGGCUCGAAGUGUUUUCAGUAGAGCAUUAUGCUGUUGUCUUUGUUCAAACUGUGGCUAUUGUUGCUACGAUGAACGACGAAUGGCAGAGAAAGAACGACGAAUGAAACUCAAACGACAGCAAGAGGAAAUGCUUAACAGUCAGAACUCAAGUAAAACCCCAACAGAGGAAUGCUACGUUUUAAAAACUGAUAGUCAAAAGGACUCAUCACUCUCUGACAGACCAACGACUAGUACAGCUAAAGAUGAUGUUAUUAGUUGGCCGGAUACAGAUUCUAAAUUAUCUAUGCACGGUUUAAGUAUAUUAGCCCCUGUUUUAUUGUGUUUAGCGACAAUUUUCGUUUACAUCUCUAUAGGAGCGAUUGUUCUAUAUAAAUUGGACGAUAUGAGUUUAAUAGAUGGCUUUUAUUUCUGUUUUAUGGCACUAAGCACAAUAGGAUUCGGUAAUAUAAUACCAGGAACUAGCUACACCACCAUUAAUGGUGUCAGAUAUUACACAAUUAAUUCAACUGUAUUGUGGUUUUGCUCUGUGUAUACACUGACUGGACUCGCGUUGACAGCUAUGUGUUUCGGAGUUAUUCACGACGAGAUUAUUUAUAGGAUAAAACAUCAACAAAAAGAGUGGUCGCAAAAAGGUAACACAGUCAACGACGAGGUUAACGUUACGGAUCCAUUUUAUAUGAGCUCCUGACAUAUGUUUCAUAAAGGGAGGUCGGAGAAUUUGUACAGUAUUAUGGAGGACAGUUCUAUAGUAGAGCGUAAUAGGAUAGAGAUUGACAAUAGAGAAGUAGUACUUAGCGUAGAUAAUGUAUCAAUAUCUGUAGAAUCGAGUAAUGAGUUUCCUCCACCACCUCCAGAGGAAGAAAUCGUUGCAAUAGUAACAAAAAAGGAACCAAAAGGUUUUACUAAUAUGGUAGCAUACAACGUCUUACCAGAAAUGCUUGAACACGUAAAUCCACCUUAAAAUCUUUAAUAUAAAUCAAUAGUUUUUUACUGGCUGUGAUUCUUCAUGUUUGUUUGAAUCUCUAAUUUAUAAAGGAAUAUAUCAAUAAAAU